AUGAGUAAUAUUUAUAUACAAGAACCACCAGCUUUAGGCAAGGUGUUAUUGAAAACUACAGCUGGUGAUAUUGAUAUCGAAUUAUGGACAAAAGAAACACCAAAAGCAUGCAGAAACUUUAUCCAGUUGUGUAUGGAAGGGUAUUAUAAUGGUACCAUAUUUCACAGAGUGGUUCCAGAGUUUAUAGUUCAAGGAGGUGAUCCUAAUGGAAAUGGUACUGGUGGUGAAUCUGUGUAUGGUGCUCCAUUCAAGGAUGAGUUCCAUUCACGUCUCCGGUUCAACAGACGAGGAUUGGUUGCUAUGGCCAAUGCAGGCAAAGAUGACAACGGUUCACAGUUUUUUUUUACGUUAGCAGCCACACCUGAGCUUCAAUUAAAACAUACAAUAUUUGGAAAAGUCACCGGAGAGACAAUAUAUAACGUGUUGAAGCUAUCUGAAGGUCUGAUAGGCCCUGAUGACAGACCAGAACAUCCGCACAAGAUAACUGACACUGAAGUACUAAUUAAUCCUUUCACUGAUAUUGUGCCUAGACUCUUGGAGGUCAAAGAGGAAGAAGAACCCAAGAAGAAGAAAAAAGAAAGGCAGGGUGUUAAGAACUUAUGUCUCCUGUCUUUUGGUGACGAGGCGGAAGAAGAUGAAGGUGAAGCUAUGGAAUACAGGGGGAAACCUAAGUCCACCCACGAUUUGUUAGACGAUCCGAAGUUGAGUAAGAAAACCGCAGCGGAGUUAGAAGAAGAAGGAGAAAUGAACGACACCAGCCAAGAAGCAGAGGAAAAAAGAGAGAAGACUGCUGCUACAGUGAGCAACAUAAGAGAUAAGCUGAAAAGUACUAACAAAAGAGAGAGGAGUCCAGAAAGAUCAAGCAGUAAGAAGAGGAAAGGAGACGAAAGUCCUGAGAACAAUGAGUCUAAUGAAGAUUCUGAAGAAGAAUCUUUGGUAGAACAGUAUUAUUUGGGCAAGGAAAGGGAUAUGGCGAGGCAGAAGGAGAAAGACCGUAUAAGGAACGAGAUCAAACAACUGAAACGAGAAAUGAAAGGUUCCAAAGAAGAGAGUAAGAAAGAGACAGAAACAGUGCAGGAGACUACUAGUAUAGAGACUGACAACGAGAUGUACCAGCAAUAUAUAGAGGAGCAAGAGAAAUAUAAGCAGAUGAAAGAGAAAAUGCCAAAGAAGGGUGCAGCUAGACGGAGACGUAGCAGAUUUACGAAGACGCCGAAACGGAAACCCUGGGUGAAGAACUUGUAUGAGAACCGUGAAUAUCCUGACAAUUAUACAGACUCGAAAUUCUUAGAAGAGUUAAAGAAGAAUUUGUACGUCGAAAAAGUGACUUUAAAACAAGCAGUCUGCGGUUCAUUUCGUAUCGUUCUACGGAUAUGUCUGUGUAUAUUUUAUGCGGUUUUGUUCUUUUAUAUGUACAACGAGUAUGUUUCUUCGGAUACCGUUGUUAUAGGGUCUAUUCUAAUGACAAGUUUUAGUUACAUAUUGUACGUGAGCUAUGAAGGAAGUGACGUCACAAGAGUAGUCAAAACAAUACUUAUUUAUAUUGUUAUAGGUUAUUUACUGUCGCCUAUUUUACAUACAUUGACUGAUACAGUGAGCACAGAUACUAUUUACGCUUGGUCUGUAAUUAUGAUGUUAGUACAUUUGAUAUUUUUCGAUUACGAAGUGAAAGUAGCUUUAGUGUCAAAAUCUUUAUCGAUAAACGCCGCGAUAUUCGCGUCAGUGUGUCUCGUCUCUAGACUGUCAACACCGUUCGAUGCGUUUGUACUUUUGACUGUGUCCGUACUGUUGUUCGUGUUGAGUCCUCAACUUUUUAAAGUACUGUUGAACACAAAAUUGUUUGUGUUUUUAUAUUUUCUUAUUCUGGGUAUCACUUUAACGUGUUUGUAUACUGUGUCUGUUACUUUGAUGUGUUAUUUUGUGUUGUUAGUGUUAAUUUUGAGUGUAUACUGUCCAGUAAUGUUGGUUAGAUGGCAGAGUUAUAAAGAUAAUAUUUAUGGUCCUUGGGAUGAGGCUGUUAUAAACGACUCUGAUGAUAUCGAUGAAUGUUUAUUAUAUAGCUAG